AGUGAUUCCCAUGACGCAAUCGUGGGGGGAGAAAGAGAUACGUCGACAAAAAUAUAGGAUACCUUUGUUUUCGCCAGCGUGAAACGACGUCGGCGGCUCAAAUUUCAUCACGUAGAAGCCUUGUGACAACACAGGCUAGCUUCCUGCAGAGAUUCCCACACGUUAAGGGGAUUCUGGACCCUAGAUUGACGUAUUUUCGCUGUCUUUUUGUUCUGGAUUGGUAGAAGACUGCACAUUUCGCCGUAAAUUUUCGUCUGCAACAAAAACAUCAGCGGAAAGGAAAUCACCAUGAAUAGACCAGUCACGGUGUUAAAAAGCGUCGGACCAAAGCUGGUCCCGUUCUUCAAGACCACGUGCAUCUACUACAUCCUGUGGCUGGACGCGGACAAGCCGACGCUGUUCUCGGCGCUGAUCAAGUGUCUCCCGGUGCUGUCCCUCUGCGUGUUCGUCCUGCUGCACGGGAUGAGUCUCACGGACAUGCACACCUACGCGCGCAGGAUCCUGGGAGGGCUCGUCUUCUCCGCGCUCGGGGACGCCUUCCUCAUCUGGCAACACAUCGACGGGAUCUACUUCAUUUAUGGCAUGGUGAUGUUCGCCAUCGCGCACGUUCUGUACAUCGUGUCGUUCGGGUUCUCUCCGCUACGGCUGCCCGUGGGGGCGGCGCUGUUCGGCGUGGCGGUGGGGAUGUACGCGGUGCUGUACCCUGGUCUGCACGGCGUGUACUCGGUACUGGUGGGGGUGUACGUACUGCUGCUGUGGCUCAUGCUCUGGAGAGGGAUGGCAAGGUUACAGGUGUUCAGUACGGACCUGUGGACGUGGACCAAGCUGUGUGCAUGCGUGGGCGCUCUUCUCUUCAUCAUCUCCGACACCCUUCUGGGAGUCAACAAAUUCCGCAUCCCCAUCCCGUACAACCGCGCGCUCAUCAUGACCACCUACUACGCCGCGCAGCUGGGCAUCGCCCUGUCGGUCGCCGACCUCAAGGACCCCGCUACUACUGAUGACAUCACCACAUGUGGUGCACCUGACAUGGGCGCAUCACCAAAUGACGUGCACUGUUCCAAGGACAUGUUAGAGUUGAAGGGCAUGUCUGCCCAUAGUUUCAGUAACGGGAUCUGCUGUUCUAAAAAGAUGCACUAAAUUCUCCUAACACAAGUGCUGAACAAGCAUGUGAUUCACUUGCAACAGGUGGCCUCAAACCCAAAGUCUAAGAAAGGCUAACAGCAGUGAAACUUUGUUUUUGUUUGAACCGUUGUUUAUUCAUGAAAGCUCAAAUCGGCCUGCAGGCCGCUUAUCAUUGAGGUCAUGAGGGAAGAGGCAAGGGUCAGACAACGUAUAAAACAGAGAUGCAGUCGAUUGUUGCAAAUGUUGUUUAAGCAAAGAAAAGAAGAGACAGUAUUGUGUAAAGCCA